ACUAUACUAUAGUACAGAUGUGAAGAGAGAUGAGAUUGGAAUACUUGGAUUCUCAUUCAAAGAAAGAUGCGCUCGCGCGUAGCCUGUCGUCUCAUCCUCUGUAAGAAUUUUUGAAAAUUAGUUGCUCUUCUGGUUUUUGUUUUUGAGAACAUGAUCCUUCCUGCCGUCCGUACGUACGAAUUCAACCUCCACAUUGAGUAGGAACGGGCAUCAACAAUCAACAUCCACCUGCCACCAUACUAGGGUUCGAAGCCUCGGUCCGCUCUCGUUCUUUUGCAUCGGUUGCCACCAACCCCUGUGUUUACUGUUUGGCAGACCACCAUCGACAACGCUUUCGUCCCUCGAACCGAAUCGACACCGGCGGUGCUGCAAACGCUGUUCCACAACGGCGGCGCGACGCGGUUCGACACACCCACACACAAACACACAGACGACACCCCCACCCCAAGCAUGGCUAGAGCACCGGUUGCGGCGGCGAGGCAGGGCCACAAGCGGCCCUCCCCCUCCCUGCGGAGCGAGGCACCGCCGAUCGUCCACGCCCUGGGCGGCUCGAUCGGCUCGGCACUGGCGCUCCUCCUCCUGUAUCCGCUGGAGCGGGCCCGCAUCGAGCUGCAGUCGAGGGCGGGGUCAUCACUGUCCUCGUCCUGUUCCUCGUCGUCGUCGCUAUCGGAAUCCCAGAAGGGCCUGGUCGCGACGACCGAGCCGAUCUCCCCCAUACGACACGCCGGAGAGGGUGCCUCCGAGGGGGAGAGUUCCUGGGAGGGGGCUUCCCCGGACACGCCGUCGUCCUGGUCGGUCCACUCGGGGUCCAACGACAGCCGCGACAGUUCCGGGAGCUACACCGAGGACGGCUCCCAAGGCGGCCCCGGCCCCAGCUACGGAGAAGCCGACGGCAUCCUCCGGUGCCUGCUGGAUCUGCGGGAUCGGGGCGUCCUGUACAAGGGGGUGAAACCGAUUGUUUCUACGAUUUUUACGAGGUACGGAUGCGCAGCCGGUCUCGGUGUGCGACUUUGUGAGACACCGCACUGACAUUCUUUUUUCCUGUUUGGCGACGUCGGCAUCGCAGCCAGUUUGUCUUUUUCUUUCUGCACGCCUAUGCCAAGCGGUGGCUCGCACGGGUCACGAAUUCCGGGUCCGUCUCGAACAGCCCUUCCCUGAGCCUGCUGUCGAGCUGCCUCGCCGGCGUGGGCAACGUCCUGCUGACGAACCCGCUCUGGGUCACCAACAUGGCCAUCGUGUCGGGGACCACCGAGACCCAGAACCUCUUCCGGGAGGUCCUGCGGCUCUCGAGGGACCACGGCCUCGGGCACCUUUGGAAGGGCACGGGCGCCUCGCUGCUGCUGGUGAGCAACCCCAUCCUCCAGUUUGUCUGCUACGAGCAGUUCAAGCGGAAGAUUCUGGAGGGGCGCGGGAAAACCGGCCCCGGCGGGAAGGCCCGGACCACCCUCGGCGCCGCCGAGGCCUUUGCGGUGGCGGCGCUCGCCAAGACCAUCGCGACGGUGGGGACCUACCCCCUCCAGCUGGCGCAGACCCUCCUGCGGCUGGCCGACGGGGACCGCUCCGGGGAGCGGGCGGCCCGCUACGAGGGGACGAUCGACUGCCUGGCCAGGCUCUACCGGACGAACGGCGCCGGGUGCGCCGCCUGGUUCAAGGGGAUGAGGGCGAAGCUGCUGCAGACGGUCCUGACGGCCGCCUUUACCUUUCUGACCUACGAGCAGAUCCUGGGGGCGGUCCGGAGGGUGGUGGAAUCGCACGCUCUGCGGGUGCGGACGAGCCGCCGGCGCGUCGGAACCACCGGGGGAAGCAGUGGUGGAAACGGGCUAGAUCAAUUAUUAGAAUAAUAAGAAUAAUACAUGGAGUUGUAA